UCCUCAAACUCCCUAGUCUCAGUGAGAGCAAGCCAGGGCAUGCUUAGCGAACUGAACUACUCAGAUGUGCCCUUAUCAGGCCAGGUUGUUAGUGCUACUUUGUUGAGGUUUGAGGUAUUUUUUUAGGGUUCUUUUUCAUUUAAAUGGUUCAAUUAAGAUCAAAUCAUCACCAAAACUAAUGUUCCUAAUAACUAGACCUAGGCGUCUAUGUCUAAAUUCUCGUCCGUCUCUGUUCUUAGCUCUUUUUCUCACAAGUAUUUUUAAUUUUAGGUCUCCGAGGCCUUAUCUCAACUACGUUAUUCCAUUUCUGCGCAGUCUUGGAACUUGGCAAAACCUUCAAGUUCCAACAUUUCACCCAUCCAGUAGAAUAGUCUACUUCUUUAAAAUUGGUGAUACGAACUGGAUGCCUUCAUUUUACCCUUUGUCUUGUAGAGCCUCUGAAAUCUCUACCUCAAUCACCAGCAUCUUAUAACUACUCUGUACUUAAUGGAAUUGCAUUUUACCAAUGGAACUGCUUACUCCCUGGGUCUCUGGAACUUCUUCGUCUUGCAAAACGGAAAUUCUGCACCCAUCGAACAACACCCUUCACACCCUGAAAAUGUUGUUAGCCCAAAUAAAUCGAGACUCUCAGGGAAUGACGGAGUUUCCUGGAGGAGGAAUGGAGACUCAGCAUGUUACCUUGUGCCUGACAGAGGCGGUAACUGUGGCAGAUGGUGACAAUCUAGAGAACAUGGAAGGUGUAAGCUUGCAAGCAGUCACGCUUGCAGAUGGCUCUACUGCUUACAUACAGCACAGCUCUAAAGAUGGAAAACUCAUAGACGGUCAGGUCAUUCAGCUGGAGGAUGGUUCUGCUGCCUAUGUCCAGCAUGUACCCAUACCUAAAAGCACAGGGGACAGUUUGCGUUUAGAGGAUGGUCAAGCAGUCCAGCUAGAAGAUGGCACUACAGCAUUUAUUCAUCAUACCUCCAAAGACAGUUAUGACCAGAGUGCGUUACAGGCAGUUCAGCUGGAAGACGGCACCACAGCUUACAUCCACCAUGCCGUGCAGGUCCCACAGUCCGACACCAUCCUGGCAAUUCAGGCUGAUGGGACAGUGGCAGGUCUGCACACUGGGGACGCCACCAUUGACCCCGACACCAUCAGUGCUUUGGAACAGUACGCAGCAAAGGUGUCCAUUGAUGGGAGUGAAAGUGUAACAGGUUCUGGAAUGAUUGGAGAAAAUGAGCAAGAGAAAAAAAUGCAGAUUGUCUUGCAAGGACAUGCAACAAGAGUAACUGCUAAAUCUCAGCAGAGUGGCGAGAAGGCCUUUCGAUGUGGAUAUGAUGGAUGUGGAAAGUUGUAUACAACAGGCCAUCAUCUUAAGGUCCAUGAGCGGUCACACACAGGGGACCGGCCGUAUCAGUGCGAGCAUGCAGGCUGCGGGAAGGCAUUUGCAACAGGUUACGGAUUAAAAAGUCAUGUCAGAACCCAUACAGGAGAAAAGCCAUAUCGGUGUUCAGAAGAUAAUUGUACUAAAUCUUUCAAAACUUCAGGAGAUCUACAAAAACAUAUCAGAACGCAUACAGGAGAAAGGCCCUUUAAAUGUCAUUUUGAAGGCUGUGGGCGGUCUUUUACAACAUCAAAUAUCAGAAAAGUGCACAUUAGGACGCACACAGGAGAAAGACCGUAUUACUGCACAGAGCCCGGGUGUGGGAGGGCGUUUGCCAGUGCAACCAAUUAUAAAAACCACGUGAGGAUACACACAGGGGAAAAGCCAUAUGUUUGUACAGUCCCUGGAUGUGACAAAAGGUUUACAGAAUAUUCCAGUUUGUACAAACAUCAUGUUGUUCACACUCACUCUAAGCCGUACAACUGUAACCACUGUGGGAAGACGUACAAGCAGAUCUCAACACUGGCCAUGCACAAACGGACAGCCCACAAUGACACCGAGCCCAUCGAGGAGGAGCAAGAAGCCUUCUUUGAGCCUCCCCCAGGUCAAAGCGAAGAUGUUCUCAAAGGGUCGCAGAUCACAUAUGUCACAGGUGUGGAAGGGGACGAUGUUGUGUCUACACAGGUGGCCACGGUAACGCAGUCUGGGUUGAGUCAGCAGGUCACGCUCAUAUCCCAGGACGGGACUCAGCACGUCAACAUUUCGCAGGCUGACAUGCAAGCCAUUGGCAACACCAUCACGAUGGUCACACAGGACGGAACGCCCAUCACUGUGCCCGCUCAGGACGCCGUCAUCUCCUCAGGAGGAACACACUCUGUUGCCAUGGUGACUGCAGAGGGUACAGAAGGCCAGCAGGUUGCAAUUGUGGCUCAGGAUUUGGCGGCAUUCCAUGCUGCUUCAUCAGAAAUGGGGCACCAGCAGCAUAGCCAUCACUUGGUAACCACAGAAACCAGACCUCUGACCUUAGUGGCGACAUCCAAUGGCACCCAGAUUGCAGUUCAGCUCGGAGAACAGCCAUCUCUGGAAGAAGCCAUCAGAAUAGCAUCCAGAAUCCAACAAGGAGAAACGCCUGGUUUGGAUGAUUAACCCUAGAACAAUGGAGCAAUAAAUGGGGAGGAGCCUUUCAUCUCCAGGCAGCAGAGAUGCAUGAAGCCCGGGCCCAGGAAGAUGAGAAGUUUUCCAUUCCUGAAACACUGUACACUUUUUUAUGCAAGAGUGAAGAACGUUUUAUUCUUGACACUUUUGUGUAUAUAACCCUUGGAAUAGAUUUCCCAAACUGAUUGUGUACAAGGAAGUAUGAAAUUAGGGCAAUACAGUAAAUUUUUAUGUUACUCUUUUACCAGCUUGCAAGCUCCGAGAGUCCACAUGCAAGACCAAUGGAGUCUCAUGGAGUCUUACAAUGGAUUUUUAACUUCCUGUGAAAAUAAAUAAAGGCUGUAUCUAAAAUGCAAAGGUUCUGUAAGUCAAAACAGUCAUAAUUCCAGAAGCCGUCAUGGGUAAUCAAGGGUGUGAAGCCUGCAGAUACUUCCCUCAGCUAUAGCAGCGUGUCUGCAGUUUCUGUUCUGCUGUAUGGGUGUCCAUUUUUCUUUGUAUCCCACGGUUUGAAGACUAUUCACCAUAGUUUUCCAUCUCUGUUAAAUACCAGCUCUUCAAGCUGAAGUGCUAAUUACAUUAGCAUGACAUUGGAUUAUGUGUAAAAUUACAAAGGUUGGUUAUUUAAAAUUAAAAAGUUAAAUCCUGUACUUUGGUUUAACGAUUUUCCUUAGUGUUCAGUUCUUUGUUACUGUUUUUUUGUUUUGUUUUGUUUUGUUUUUAAAGUAAAGAACCAUCAAAAGUUUGACCAUAGGCUGGAGCCCGGGAUGACAGUGCUGUAAUUGGAAAUGGCUUUACUCUGAAAGUUAGGUUAGUGGGUUGGUGUAAAUUAUUUAUUUUUGCUUAUGUAUUUUUGUUUUAAAGCUUAUUUGCCCUAAAGCUUAUUAUUCAUUUUGAAUACAGCAGUUUUUUAAACGGUA